CUACAACUCCCGGCAGACAGUGCGCAAAGCGCGUGCGCACUGCGGGGCGGUGGAGGGUGCCGCCGGUGGUAGGGAAAGAGUCGGAGGCGUGCGCAGCUCCAGGCAGACCUACCUAGUUCUUGAUAAGGACAAAGGGACCGCGACAACUUCUCUGGCCCAGAUUUCUCAAGGGAGGGAUAAAAUGAGUAAGAGGAAGAAGCUUCGGACCUCAGGAGAAGGAAUCCAUCUUCUGAAACCCCCAAAGAACCCAAGGCUCAGAGACUCUGAUGGGGUCCCCCAGAGUUCCGAGUUGGGCCCUUUGCAUCACUCUGAAGAGUCGGAAGGCAGGUCAGGACCUGCUCCCUCUGCAGAGCAGAGUGGGGAGGAACCAGGACAGGCGGCCUCCAGUUCCCCAGAUAAGGAAAUAGGAGCUCCCUCCAGACUCCUUGGACAACCAGAAAAGGAGCCAAUUCCUUUUCCUUCUUCCCAGAGCUCAUUUGGGAGGUUUGUCCCCCAGUUUGCAAAACCCAAGAAGACAGAGACAAGACAAGCAGCUACAAAAGAAGAGGACCUUGGAAGUGGGGCCUUUAGCUUGGAAACACCACCAGAGCCCAGUGUACAGCAGGCAGGAAGCCAGUCAUGGGAGGAGUCCCCAGGGCUCACCAUCUGGGAGGCCAGGAAGCCAGGAGACCAGACCCAGGCACAUGGCACCUGCUCUGAGCACAACGUCCAAAACCCGGUAACACCUAUGUCCAGCAGGGGGAAUUCUCAGCCUGAGGUCUCCAACGAUGCCUCUCCAGAAUGGCGGAUGGUGCCUUCGGCUUCAGAAAGGGCCAGCCAGGACCACCUGUUGGAGCAAGGAACCAACUUGCCAGACAGUGGAAGCACAGAGAGGGGUGGGAUUCCAGGUGAUUAUGGCCAGAAAGGGCGUCAACCAAACAGUGAUGCUGAAGAGGAGGAGCCAGACCGAGGAGCCCCACAGGAGGAAGGGGCCCAAGGGGGAGCAGGGGAUGAUCAGGAGGAAGGAGACAGCAUCCUGGAGCUGGCCACUUGGGACCCAGAGCCCAGAUCUGUGGCUCAGGGCCCCCCUCACCUCGUGCAGACACUCAGCAGGGCUGGUUGGGAAGCAGAAGGGAGCUGUAACAGCCCAAGAUGCUCCUCCCUUAUGACUACUGUCAGCACAGACACCAUUAAUCCAAAACAGAGGGCUCUGGAGGUGGCUGGGCCAGGUGGGAAGGUGAACACCAGGAUGCCUGCCUCUCUCAGUGGGAAGGCCCCUGCUGGAGGCCAUAGCGGGGCACUGCUCAGAGGAGUGUCUCUUGUUGGGGAGACCACAGGAGACCGAGGGGAGGUGGAGUGGGAAGCCAAGCCCCCUGGUGAUGUCCUGGAGGGCCCUGCAGCCUCCCUGACUCUGGCUCAUGAGAUACAAGAGCCCACAAUAAGUGCUGGAGAUUCCAGCCCUGUAGCCUCAGAAAUGGGCCCAGCUGUUGAUCAGACACAGGUGCCAGGCCUGGAUCGAGAAGGACUGGGAGGUUUGUGUGCACUGCCUUUGCUGUCGCAGCCCUCAGGUGAAGAGGCAGCUGAAUUAGAUGGCCAGAGCCACGAACAAGACCUUGGGGGGCUCAAUCUGUCCCUUGGAGCCUCUGCUGUGUCAGUGCACAGAGAAGCAGUGAAUGGCCCUCCCCUGGAUGCCAAGGCCCACCGGGGAAGCCCAGAUGCUAUUGAAGGCCUGGGUGGCCAGCCUAACUGGCCUGACUCUGCAGACCAGGCUGCGUUAGGGGGGUCCCCAGCCAUUGAACUCGACUUCUUGCCAGACAGCCAAAUACAGGAUGCCCUGGAAACUCCUGACUUUGAAGCCCCACUUAAGCAGUUUCCUGCAGGGAGCGGGCUGGGUCCUUGCUGGCCUGGCACCAGCCUACUUGCUGAUGGAGGCCGCCUUUCCAAGGCCCAGCCAAGUACCUAUGAAAAGAUCAAGCCCUAUGAAGCCGCAAGGAUGGAGGAUGCAACAGGCACCAUUCGUGGUCUUGUCAUUGAGCUCUCCAACCUCAACCGGCUGAUCAUGACCGCCCACCGGGACCUGGAAGCCUUCAAGCGUCUCAGCUACUGCAAGGCAAAGCCUGUGGUGAAAGCCCCCCUGCCCUACACAUCAAAGGGGGCUGGGACUGGCCCUCAUGGGGAACAAUCCUGGAGGGAUUUGUAGAUGCUUCUAAACAGGGAUGCGGGGGGGGGGGGACCCAUGGGGAGUGGUUCCUACUCCUCCCAUGGAUGUGCGUGUUUUCCUUGGAGCCCUGGCCCCCAGAGGUGCCUGAUGUUCCUGCCAAACAGCUGGCAACAAUCCCUCAGUACACCCUGAAAAGCUUGCAGUCCCCAAUGUUGCUCCUGGUAUUUUGUUACCCCCGAGGUGCUCCAGCGGGUCCUAGUGGGCCUGGAAACUGCCCUUCAGCCAACCUGGAAGUCAGCUUCCCCUGGGAAACCCUGGAGGCCCCUCUGGAGUCAACAGCCUCCUUCUGGAGUCUGUAUGGGGGAGGGAACCUGUUCCUCCUGAGGCUGAGGCUGUGGUGGGAGGUGGAGGCGGGCUGGAGCUCCAGCAGUAGGGCCCAGAGCCACCCAGAUAGUUAUCUGGGUUUGCAAAUUUUGGCUUCUUUAACUGAGGUUACGGCAGGUUCAGAAUUCCUUUCCUGGAGGAGAAAAGGGCUCCCUUUGUUGCUUCUAUGUUUGUCUUUCUCCACAUUUCCAUUUUAUCUCUUCUGGGAAGACCAUUAAAUGAUUCUCUAACAAGGCUCCAGGACCUGCUGUUUUGGGGUUUGGAGUGUUCGGGUCCCUUGGUGUUCUGCCCACAAACCUUCUUAAUCACCUCUUUCCCCCUUUCACUUCUUAUCCUCCCUGGGAAGGCAAGGGGCUACUGCUGGGACACAAGUCAGAGGGUCCUUGCAAGUUCACAAGUGUGUCGGAUUCCCCAGGAGCAGAUGGCUGUGUGUGCCCAUGCAGGCACACACACCCGUUUCUGGGGGUGGUGAGCCCACAAGAUGUCCAUCUGGAGAGUUUGCUUUCAAGUGCUCGGUGGCCUCACCUGUCCUCUGUGAAACAAGCUGCUUUGAGGUCUCAGCAUGGGAGGAGGCAGUCCUGGCGGGUGGUUGUGAUGCAGACCUGGUACCCAGGGUGGACGUUGCACAGCCCCCAUGGCAGCAUCACAAGCAGCCCCAGGCACUGCCGUCAAAUCCAUUUCACGGAAAACAAUGCUUCUGUUAGAUUGGUCACCACCAUGUGGACUGGACCCGCCCCUUUAUUCUGUCUAUGGCCCCUGCACCCAGCACCCAAACUUGUAGGGCCAUGGCAGGGCACCCCUCCGACUGCCUUCCUCCACCCUGGGAGACCCCAUGCGGGAGAAGAGCGAGUCAGGUCAGGGUCCCCCACUGCCUUUCCUUCCUUGACACCACCAGGAUAUGCCAGUUAGUCCUGCUCCCUAGGUCAACCCCUGGUGGCUCUCGCUUAUGCCAUUAGCAGUUUGUAACAGCUGGCAGUUGCUGCGAUAUUGUGUCCCCAACUCAGCUUGAAGCCCCUUUGGGCUGCUAAGGAGGCCUCCUCUGUGUCUUUCUCCUCCCUUCUCCCCUCCAAGCCUAGGCAGAAGGCUGUCCUCAAGGACAGGCUCCGAUACCUAGCUCUCCUCCUUGGUGGCCUCAGGUCCCAGUUCAAGGGCAGAGGGGACCUGCAAAAUCCCAACCCUGCUGCCACCCAACCCAGAAAGACCGUGUGGGCUGGGGGCAGAGGCCAGCUCUGGGCUUGGGGAAGGUGUGGGGAUGGACACUUGCCACCUGCUGCCCCCCCGAAGGCCAGGGAAACAAGCUCUGGCAGUAGAGGAGGCAGAUGGGUGGGGGCUUCUCUGAGCAUAGCCCCCCAGGAGAACUGGAUCACAAGCCCUGUGUGGGGAGGGAUCUCCAUCUCCUUCCUCCUCUUGCCAAGCAGACCCAAUUGCUUUCACAGUGCCCAGGCCCAAGGCCUGGGCUGGACAACCCCACAGGACAGGAGCCCCAGUCCUUUCGCCCUCCCCUAGAAGUCCUUCCCUUGCUCUGAAGUUCCUGGCAUGUGACUCCAAGGCCCAGGUCGCUGGGACAUUGUGGUGUAAUUGUCUCUCCAUUUUCCCCCUCAAAUCAGGGAUCCACCCCCAGCAUGGGGGGAUUCCCAUUUGGCAUGUUAAUAUGUGUGGGGUGGCUGAGAGUUUGAAAACACCAAACAUCACAGAAGGGGCCUAAUGUGCUAACCUGGCAGCAGAGUGUCAUGCCCAGAAGUGCCAGGAGAGGGGCAAUGACCCCUCAGAGUCCUACAGCUGCCCUGUGGUGCCCACUCCCAGUCUCAGUUCACCCCAGUGCCCCAGGGCGAACAGCAGUCAGGAAAGUAGGGGUCGGAGUAAGAAGUGUG